CCGCACAUUUUUGCCUUGAUUAAUUUUUCCUAAAGCCGGAUUCGCUUUGAGUGAGAAUCGAAGUCAAAACUGGGUCAACCUUUUAUCGCGUCCCAGGGCCGUACGGGCGUACGUGAAACGACACGGCGGACAAUGUCGGUCCCUGCCGUUCUUCCUCGUGCACGACUUCCGCGCCUGAACUUGAACUACUUUCAGACUAAUAUCGUUCUGCGCCUCUCGUCUAAAAUGCAUAAUGGAUGUUUUCAUUUCAGCGUGAAGAAAGAACCCACGGACGAGCCCAGCAGCCCUUUGGAAGCCACCAGUCCCGGUUCCAUCCUACGCAACAACAACGAGCAGCAUUACGCGGCAGCUGAUUCCAACAGUUCGACGCCCGCCAAGAGCUUCGUACCGUGCAAGGUCUGCGGCGAUAAGGCGAGCGGCUAUCAUUACGGCGUUACCAGCUGCGAGGGUUGCAAGGGCUUCUUCAGGAGGAGCAUACAGAAGCAGAUAGAGUACAGGUGCUUGAGGGACGGCAAGUGUCUUGUCAUCAGAUUAAAUCGGAACCGUUGCCAGUACUGCAGAUUCAAGAAGUGCCUAGCCGUCGGCAUGUCCAGAGACUCCGUGAGGUACGGCAGGGUGCCGAAACGCUCGAGAGAACGCGGCCCCGAGGACACGAUGGCGACGACCAUGACGACGACGACGACGACGACGACGAUGGCGGCCAUGGAGAUGCAGCAGCUGACCACGCCCGAUACCGGCAACAACAACGCCAGCAACAAGAACAACAAUAACAACAACAAUAACAACAACAACAACAACAACACCCAGAGCCAGAACGCGAUCUCGCGGGUACCGUCGGCGGCGGUGGUCGAGGCUGAUCAAUCGGACGCUGACGUGAAGCAGCUGGCCGUGUACGAUGUGAUUCAUCAGGUGUCGCAGGCUCAUCACGCUCAUUGCGGCUUCACGGAAGAGUCAACCCGGGGCCUCACGAGGAAACCUAUGAUAAUACCGCCCACCAGCCCGGAAGAUCCGGAGGCGGCGUCCUCGACCGCGGAAACGGUCGAGUCGCAGAGGAUCUGGCUGUGGCAGCAAUUUGCCACGAGGGUGACGCCGUCGGUGCAGAGGGUGGUGGAGUUCGCGAAACGGAUGCCGGGAUUCUGCGAGCUUUCGCAGGACGACCAGCUGAUCCUGAUCAAGGUCGGCUUCUUCGAGGUGUGGCUCUGCCACAUCUCCAAGAUGACCACCGACAACUCGAUGACCUUUGAGGACGGCACCUACUUCACCCGCCAGCAGCUGGAACUGAUGUACGAGCCCGACUUCGUGUCCGCGCUGAUGCAAGUCACGUCGUCGCUGAACGCCCACCAACUGACGGACACCGAGCUGGGCCUGUUCUCGGCGGCGGUGCUGCUGAACGAACGACCGGGGCUGAACGACGUCAAGGCCGUGCAGAGGCUGCAGGAUCGCGUGCUGGAGGCGUUGAGGGUGCAGGCGACCCGGCCCUCCGGCGAGAGCGCCGGCGGCACGGUCACCGCGAUCACCAACGUCUCGCAGAGGAUACCCGAGCUGCGAGCGCUCGGCGCCAGACACGUCAAUCUCCUGGAUUGGUUCCGCAGGAACUGGACGAAGCUCAAGUUACCGCCGCUGUUCGCCGAGAUAUUCGACAUUCCCAAGUGCGAGGAGGAUUUGCAAUGAAAAGCCUCUGUAAGCUGCAGCGAGGUAAUUCGAGACCAAUGAUGCCGUGGUGUCGGUGAGAAGCCGAGUCGCCCGAGCGCUUGCCGAGGCCGUUCCGAGUAUCUAGAAUCGUUCGUUUCAACUCGUAGAGUUAGCGAAACACGUCUAACACGGCCACGAGAAGAAGAAAUUCCAAUUGCAUGAAGAACGGGCGGUUGAAACGAGGAAUGAAGCGUGUCUGUGUGGAGACUGUCGCGGAGGGCAUAAGAAAAUGAAAGGGGAAGGAAAAGCGAAGACGCGCGAUUGUCGACGGCACUUCCCGCUGGCUUGGGUGUCCCGAUCGCUCAAAAGUCAGCGGGGAAAGGAAGCUUUCGGCCGAGGGAUCGCGAAGGACUUGCCGAAAUUAGGAAACGAAGAAAGGAGAGAGAAAGGGGACAAUUACAGGGCGCAAUCGUCGAUUGUAUGAAGCGAGAUCGAGCAGUCGAUACCAGGGUGAACUUCUGGAAGCGAUCUUUCAAGGAACCCCGUUCCCAGGAUGCCUCGAUCGCUCCAGCGAGUAACAGAAGAUGAUCUCAAGGGAGGAAAAGAUCACCUUUAAAGGGCCGCGCAAGCAAUAAGACGGAACUUGUCCGUGCAAGCUCCGCGCAAGCUCGGAGGACAAUUCGCAGGUGCAAUUUGCUCAAAUUCAACGGAAAACGGUACUUGUACUAUUCGCCAAGCAAUAGCACACACGCAUUACAGCACGCGCGUCUCCGAACGGGCGUGUACUUGAAAUACUCAAUCGACGAGGGAGAGAUCUUUCGCGCCGCCGCGUCAAGUAAACGGAUGGCUGUUUAAAGCGUUGCGAUGAGAGAACAAAAGCACAAAAGCGUAAGUCGAGCCAUGGACGUCCGUUCGUGCUCAAAAAAGAUUCUGUCCUUUAUUUUUCCUUCUGUUUCUUCAGAUAAUUCUAAGAUUUAAGAUAAAAAAAUGUAUACAUAUAUACACAGCGGCAAUAUAUACAUAUAUGUAUGUAUAUAUGUAUAUGUAUGUAUGUAUAUAUUGCGUGCAGUACCCGUCUGAGCGGCUAGAGUGGAAAUCGGCCAAACGAUAGCACAGAAACACCAACUAUACUCAACGGACAUAUCAGAAAUUAAGAUUACAAAGUGUUCCCUCGUGUAUUAAGCGUUGCCGAGCACGUAUGUGUCUCUUGCAGGUGUCGCGGCCGGCGUAAUUGCGAUCAGUUCAAAUUUCGAUGUUGCGGACACGUGGGGAAGGGCCACUUCAACGAACGGAUGCCUCUCACGGUGGAAGAGAAGGGCUACUUUUCGGAUAAAACUUGAAUUUCACGUGCGAACUUCUCUUUAUUAUACGUUUUACAAUUAAUUCGUAAUAAUAUACAGUAAUAAUAAAGUAGAUUCUUAAUUAUACACUCGUACAUAUACAUAUAUGUAACUGUGCAAGGGGUUGAAGUGCCCGCUGAAAUCGGUACAGUUUCAGCUGGAUUCUUAGAUCGCUAAUUGAUGAAUCGAGACCCCGUGUCCGCGACAUCGUGAGGCCGAACUUGUCGUUUCCGAUUCUUGAUCUGUCGCGAUACCGAGGUGAUGAUGAGCGAUUGUACGGCCGCGUAAAUGUAACGAGAACGCGCGUGCGAUUGGGCGCGAGGCUCGCACGAUACAAGCGCGAGCAUACAUGUACGCAUACAACAGCUAUGAGCUUACGUAUGUAGAUAAUGAGCGCGCGUGCGCUGAGAGGUAGCGUAUACAAAUUUCACGCUGUAAGGCCCGAGAGGAAAUCUUUAUAGGACGUAUCUCUUCUUAUAGGCGCAUCUGCUACGAAUUUCAAUCUAUGCAAUCUCUAUUUUUAUUACUCGACAAGUAGAAUAGCGAAUUAUAUCUCGAUAUAUAUACACACAUAUACAUACACACACACGUAUAUGUAUGUAUGUAUGUAUGCAUAUGUUUAUGUAUAAUUAUAGAUCGUCGCGCGACGCUUCGGGAGGCUGUUCUGGGCGGAAGCGCGCGAGUGAGAGAGAACCGGAAGGCGCGAACGGCGAUUCGGAUUAAAGUUCCUCAAUUAGUCACGCGGAAAAAAUUUGCACGUUUGCACGCGCUUAACGUCGCGGCGAACCGACGUCUGUGAUUUUGUAAACCGCGCCCCCGAGAUGACCGGCGUGCGAACGCGACGAGUCCCGGGCGUUUCGUACACGUGCUCGCGUACAACGAGGAGGUCGCGUACCGGCCCACACGUAACAUACACACGGCACCCCGGACCUUGACUCGCGAUUCCGCGCGGAACGAUCCUGCGGCGUACGCGCGACCGGCUCUUCAAACUUUAAACACUAAUGAACUUUCUGACAAUGACUAGCGUAUAAUGCAUAACAAUAUAUAAUCAUCGCUGAGCGUGCGUGCACGUAUUUGUGCACGUUUGUUUGAGUGUGUGUGUGCGCGUGCGUGUGCGUCUGUGUGCGACUUGUGCGCGAGUGCGUCGAAAUACUCAUCCGCGAAACAUGGAAUAGGAGAGCAAAAAGAAGUUUAUUGAUAUAGAUAUCACUGUUUUACCUAUACGCCGGGCGUGCUUAAAGUAACGUAAACCCGGUUUUAUUAUCGCUGUCACUCAAAUCUAAAGAGGAAUCGAAGAUACUGUCCUUGCGAUAUUAGAGGAAGGAAGGAUUUUCAAUCUUUUAUCACUCUAUCCCUUAUUCUCGCUCUUUCUCACUCUUUCUAAGCGCUCACAUCAAGUUGUGAAUAAACAUAUCAUACUUAAUUAAUAUAUUGGACAAAGAGGAUAUCACCGUUUAAUAUAAUAUAAAUAUAUAUAUACAAAUAU